UCAAGAUGACUGGUCGUGGAAAGGGAGGAAAAGGAUUGGGAAAGGGAGGAGCAAAGCGUCAUAGAAAAGUACUUCGUGAUAACAUCCAAGGUAUCACAAAACCAGCAAUUCGUCGAUUGGCUCGUCGUGGCGGUGUUAAACGUAUAUCUGGUUUAAUUUAUGAAGAAACUCGCGGUGUUUUGAAAGUUUUCUUAGAAAAUGUUAUCCGCGAUGCAGUUACUUACACCGAACACGCCAAACGGAAAACUGUAACAGCUAUGGAUGUCGUAUAUGCUCUGAAAAGACAAGGACGUACUCUUUAUGGUUUUGGAGGUUAAAAUGGAAGAUCAUUGUUUUUAUCAACGAUCAGCAAAAACGGCCCUUCUCAGGGCCACAAUUUUCUUUUAACUUGAGAACACUCGCUUGUUCAAUCCAAUUUAAAAUAUUUUCUAUCUAUAUUAUAUACUGUGUAUAUUCCAAGUUGUUAUAUUUUUUUUGUAAGAUAUAACAGUGGAUCAUAAAUUUGAAUUAAUGAUCAAGUACUAAUAAAUUAAGU